AGAACAAGUUGUGAUAACAAAACUGUUUGCAAUGAUGCCAAAAAAGGAUACCUGACUGACUAAUGUGAAUGGACAUUUGCAAGGUACCACGUGGAACAUAUAUUCUGUCACAAACGGUCAGCCUGGCCUAUGAUGCUGGCCUUGCUUCCUGCACCGUAGUUCUCACUGUGACCAUUUCUCUUCAGACCUCUUUUAUUAAACCGCCGUGGACUAGCAGAUUUUGUAUGAUCAACUCAUGUCCGACCCAUUCGAUGUUAUACCAUUCGAGGACAUCAAGGGAGAAUGGAAGAAGCUAGGAUCAGGUUCUUUUGGGAAUGUUUAUAAAGGAUCAUACCUGGGCAUUGAUGUCGCAAUCAAAGAAGUCCUGCCAUCCAACAGUUACAAUGUCGCCAAAUAUUUUGAGAGGGAAUGGAGAUUAAUGAAGGAAGCUCGUCAUCCAAAUGUUGUGCUUUACCUUGGCCUGUCGCGUGCCCCGCCCCCAGAUGGACGAAUAUUCAUAAUAUCAGAGUACAUUGAGAACGGAAAUCUUAGAAUGUACAUAUUCGAUAAGACGAAACCUUUUCCGUGGCGUCUCCGGCUUUCUUUUGCUACAGAUAUUUCCCGUGCUCUCGCAUACCUUCAUGCACGUAAGUGCAUACACCGCGAUUUGAAAGGCGAAAAUCUCCUUGUCACCGCAAACGGCAGAUUGAAGAUCACCGACUUUGGUUUCGCUCGGAUUGCCGCUCGCAACGAAGAGGAAAGCAAGCGUCUUACCUUCUGCGGGACUGAUUCCUACAUGUCACCCGAAAUUCUACUUGGGGAGGAGUUCGAUUUGCCCACAGACAUUUUCUCUCUCGGUAUCAUCUUCUGCGAGAUCGCGGCGCGGAGGUUAGCUGAUGACCGCCAUUUCAAACGUACUGGCCCAAAGUUUGGCAUCGACCCCGAGGAGGUGCGCCGAUGGGCAAGCCCCGGCUGUCCGCCGGCGUUCCUUGCUCUUGCGUUCGACUGUCUUGCCGAGGAUCCAAAGGCACGCCCCACCACUCGCGUCAUUUUAGACAGGCUAAGCGAAAUCGAAACGGAGGUUUUGUCACGUCCAGACACUGAUAACUUUCACGUUGGGAGCAUCAAACUUAUGACAGGAGGCAGACGCCGGGGUGCUGCUCCCCGCAUUCCAAGUUUCGGGGCUGAUGUUGGCAAGGACAUCAGGCACAAUGAGGCCUCAGUCAAAGAGGAUGUGCUUGCGGCCCUGUCCAGCGGCGAGGAGAGCAGCGAUGAAGAGUCUGUGGACGCGGCGCAAGGUCUUGUUGUCAGCCUAGAUCCAAACAGCGACUGGAGCACGGCUGCCAACGGACACUCGGGUGAUAGCACCCAACCUCUUCUCGUCAGUAACUCUAGCACAUUGUCAGAAUACAGCCCCGUCGUCGACCGGGCCCAUGUUCCCACAACUGCAGAUGACAUCCCAACAUCUUUAUCUUCCAUUCUCACUAUUCGACCUGCACUCGACCCAAACGGAACGGCGGAACCUAUUACCCCAGGUGCCUCUUUCACUGACAAUAGCAAUACUCCAACGAGCAGCGCCUCCAUCAUGUCGGCGCAGAGUUAUCAGACUGCACAAUCGUCCAUCCAGUGUUCUACCACAGCGACGAAAGGCCCCUCCUCCAUCAGUUCUCCUGCUAUGCUUCACCGCUUUACGUUACUUAGACCUGGCACAAAGCGUAGUAGCAGAUCGGUAUCCCCGACACGUCAUACCGACGGAGGAUGGAACCCCCUAGAGCUAAUCUUCUCUAGUGGAUUACUCGUGCAGAAGUGUGAUAUAUGCUUAAAGAGGAUUGGUUGGAAACCUAUUUUGGAAUGUGACGAUUGUGGGCUGCGGGCUCACGUUAAAUGCGGAGAAGUUGCCCCUCGCGACUGUAAUAUUCGUUCGGUAAUUCAACCAGCCCUGCACACAUCAUCGCCGUUGUCAAAAGGAAGGAGCCAGCCAAAGAGAGUGUCCUUACCCCAUUCGAUCACGCGAUAAGGGACCCUGCAUGUUCUCGGAUUAGUAUUCUCGGGCCUAUUGCGAUCAUUGCUUAGUAUCAAGCCACACAUAACUUACAUUCAU